UUUUUUUUUUUUAAUUAAAAAAAAAUUGUUCAUGCCAAACAUAAAAAAAAGAAAGAACUGAAAGAAAAUAAAAGAAACAAGCUAGCAAACUACUGUUAGUUUGGGAAGCAGUUUUGCGGAAGUAAUUCACCAGAGGGACCCGAGAGGGGCGGGGCUCAAUGUGCGCCUCGAUGUGGGCGGGGCCGAGAACGUCGGUCCAAUCAGCGGCGCGCUCGCGCGGUGCCUCGCGCCCGGCGCGGUGAAAACCUCCCGGCCGCAGGUGUCAUGUGAAACGCCGCAUGCUCGCUGUGACUGGAGCAGUGUUUGGGAAAUGUUUCUAUUCUCGCGUCUCUCUGUUGGCCAGUGACACCAGGCGAAAACUUUAUAUCCAAGGAUCUUGGUUUUGUCUUUCUUUCUGUUUUACUUGUUUCUUUAUUUAUCCUCGUGUGUGUGUGUGUGAGUGUGUGUGUGCGUGAGUGUGUUUCUUCAUGCCUGCCGCGUCCGGGAGCGAGUCGCCACCACUAUGCGAGCCCAAAUUGAAGUCAUACCAUGCAAAAUCUGUGGAGACAAGUCCUCAGGGAUCCAUUAUGGGGUCAUCACAUGUGAAGGGUGUAAGGGUUUUUUCAGGAGAAGUCAACAGAACAACGCCUCAUACUCAUGCCCUCGGCAGCGCAACUGCCUGAUCGACAGAACCAACCGUAACCGCUGCCAGCACUGCCGUCUGCAAAAGUGUCUCGCUCUGGGCAUGUCACGUGAUGCGGUAAAGUUUGGCCGCAUGUCGAAGAAGCAGCGUGACUCGCUGUAUGCCGAGGUACAGAAGCACCAGCAAAGGCUGCAGGAACAGCGGCAGCAGCAGACGGGCGACGUUUACUCGUCCAGUCUGAGCACUCUUGGGCACGACCUGGGUGGUGCCUACACCAACGGACACGUCAUUGACAUGGCCAAGACGCAUGCCAACGGCGCACCCGCUGCCUACUACAGCAUGGACUCAACUCAGCCGAGCCCAGACCAGUCCGGACUGGACAUGGCGGGCAUGAAGCCCAUCAAACAGGAGCCUGUGUACGACCUGACACCUGUGCCAGACCUCUUCCCCUACAACUCGUACCAGGACAGCCAGCUAGCACCUGGAGUUUCUAUGGGGGAGCUUGACCGAAUUGCACAGAACAUAAUAAAGUCUCAUCUGGAGACGUGCCAGUACACGGGCGAAGAGCUGCAGCAGCUCUCCUGGCAGACACACUCGUAUGAGGAGGUCAAGAUGUACCAAAGCAAGUCGCGAGAGGCGCUGUGGCAACAGUGUGCAAUUCAGAUCACUCACGCCAUUCAGUAUGUGGUGGAGUUCGCCAAACGCAUCGCCGGCUUCAUGGAACUGUGUCAGAACGACCAGAUACUGCUGCUCAAAUCAGGUUGUCUGGAGGUGGUGUUGGUAAGAAUGUGCAGAGCGUUUAACCCUCUCAACAACACGGUUCUGUUCGAGGGCAAAUACGGCAGCAUUCAGAUGUUCAAAGCGCUCGGCUGCGACGAUCUCGUCACCGCCAUGUUCGACUUUGCCAAGAGUCUGUGCUCUCUGCAGCUGACGGAAGAGGAGAUCGCGUUGUUCUCCGCAGCCGUUCUCAUCUCCACAGAUCGACCUUGGCUAAUGGAACCAAGGAAAGUCCAAAAGCUGCAGGAGAAAAUAUACUUGGCCCUCCAGCACAUAAUGCAGAAGAACCACAUGGACGAGGACGCAUUGACUAAGCUGAUUGGUCGGAUCCCCACACUAGCGGCACUGUGCACCCUGCACACAGAGGAGCUUCAGGCCUUCCAGCAGUUACACCCUGAAACAGUCAACAUGCUCUUCCCUCCACUUUACAAGGAGCUUUUCAAUCCUGAUGCGGCCAGUGUCAUGUCCAAGUGACAAACGCUUUUUUUUUGUUUGUUUUUUUAAUUUAAUGAAGGGACAGGAGCACAAUGGCAGAACUUCCAGGGGGCUGAGCCACUGAGGCAGAAGAGGCAGAGCUAACUAGGUCACCUCGACAACAUGGCGAUGUUGGCGUACAGCAACCUGAAGCAACAAUAUAAUGACAGAACUUCAGGAAUGUCCAGCACUUCAAGCAUUCGACUUCAGUUUCACCGAUUCAGUCAAAAGAAUGUAUAUAUGCGCCUGUUAGUGAGGAUCUGACCAGAAAUGUACAGGCUUUAGAGCAAUCAUUUAAUAAGCUCUCAUUUAAUUCGGUAAGUUGAUUUGACCUUUAUCUACAGAAAUGUGAUAUGAAAAAGGGGGGCAAGGGUCACAAGGGUCAGACAAAGAGGAUCACAUAAUUUAGUAACUCCCUAGUUCUGAUAUAUUCCAGUAUUAAACCACAUUCUGUUUAUAUUCUAGUCAUAAUUUAUAAGCGGGAACCCGACAGGCCGGUACUUUGUGUAAAUCUGUUUUUCUUUUCUUUUGUAGUUUUACAUGUACAUAAUUUGAGAGAGACCUGUCAAACUAUACUAGAGACAAUUUCACUUUGGGUACGUUUAAAAAAAAAAAAAAAGCCUUGUCUGGGCCAUGUAGAUAUGUAUAGAUGCUACAGAAAUGUUUAGAAACUACAGAAAUGUAAAUGAUUUUUUCUUUUUUUUUUCUUUUUUUAAAGAGAAGAACAAUAAUUGAUUAUUGAUCUUUUUUCCAUAAGAAGAUAUAUAGAGAGAUAUAUUUUGCAAAUGCUUAUGGUUGAACAUCACGUCAUCAGUCAGCGCUGCAAUAAUGUCAAUAAGCAGUAAUCAUUCAGUCAAGAUCAGUUUAUGACAGGCCCUUGGUAAUAUCCAGUAAAAAAAAAAAGAAAAAAAAACUGCAGAUCUGCAUCUGCAGUUUAAAUAAUUUUUAUUUAUGAAGCAGAAAACAGAUAAGCAAAUCACACUAGCUCAUAUGAAGAUGUUCUGAUCAUCAUUGUCUUUACAUUAACAUUAAUGUCUUUUUGCAAGCAACACUUCUGUAGCUAGAGGAACUGCCUACUAUCACAAGUAAAAGCCAUUUAUCCAACAAAAGGAACAACUAACAUGACCAAAAGGUAGCUAGUAACUUUUUCAAACAAAACUCUUUUUGUCUUGGUAGCAAACACAACGUGUUACAUCGUAAACUUUAUCAGGAGAGGGUAAGGAGUUCUUUUCUCUCAUUAUGUAUUAGCACACUUAACUAACUAACAAACCACCAGUCAAUUAGGUUUUCAAUCACUCAAAUCAUGGGACUGGGCAGCACACGGGAGCGUUUACUUGCCCAUUGGGCGAGCUAAUGACGUUAGCAUUUGUCCACCAACUUAUCACUGACAGCUAAGUGAACUUAAUGUGUCAGGCUCCCUAAAAAAUAAUGCAGGAAGUUCAAAUGCAAAAUAAAUAUCACCAUGUUCAAAGGAAAAUCUGAAGAAUAGUGUCUGUAAAAUCGUUACACAGGUUUAUUCAUACAACUGAUUAAGCUGGGGAUUUCAAUUAAAAUUCAAGAUAAGCCUAGCAGUGACGCAGACCAAUAAAUCGUUUAUUUAUUUGUAUAAUUUAUUAUAAUUUUACAGAGUAAAAUUUGCCCAUGCUGUUGAGGAAACGCAGCAACGAGGACCUACUAUUAAUUUUUUGUUGUUGUUGUUUUUAAUUAAGGCUAGUAGGCUGUCACAUUUGCAAGCUAAACGGAAAUAAUGGAUGCCUUUUAAAAGCUCCACAGAUAGUCACUUAACUAGCUUGCUAAAUAUAUAGUAGCUGUCUAUAAAUAAUCAGUUCAAUAACUUGUUAAACUGAUCGUCAGUUGCUAAGUAGAGGAUGGAAAGUAGGCAAUUAUUUAAUUUGCAUCCAAAUCAAAAGUAUUGUCAACAAAGCUCAUGUUAAUUUGGUCAUAAUUAUACUCCUAAAAACAAAAAGGUAAAACAUUCUACACUUUUUAGGGUUUUGGGGGUUGGGGAAUGCCACAAUCUUGACUUGCAAUGUUACAAAAAAGUGACUGAACACUUUGGAAAGCCACAUCAUUCCAGGCAUUUCAAAUGAAACUUAACGCCAUGCUUGUUGAGUCUUUUGUACGUAGAUGUUUCGAACCUCAAAUGAUAUUCUGUAGCCUGGCUGUCUUACAGACGCUCUGCAGUAGCAAUAUUGUAGCUUUGACAAUCAUGUAGCUUUGUAUUAUUCAUUUUUUACAAUUCCAGUACUACAAAACUAAGCAGGUCCGGGUGUCAUCUGUAUACUUGCGUAGUUUACAAUAUUGAUAUUUCUCUCAGGCAAAAGCAAUUUUACGAUAACCCCCUUUAUUCACACGUACCUCUAAGGAUCAAAAGUAAAUAAAAAAAAUUUUUAAAAAAGCAAUCUCACACCACUCGAUGGCGAUUUGAAAAAAAUUUUCCUUCCACAGUUCUACAGUUUAACCCGUGGAAGACCAAAAAGCCAUAACACCAAUUUCCAGGAUUUUGAGGUUAAAAGGCAUCAACAUUAUAGCUGCUAUAACGUGAUGUCAUUUUGUGGAAGUUUCACAACGUUAAACGUAAUGCACUCUAUAUUUUUUGUAGCCAGAGGCCCCUUCAACUGUAAAAUCAAUUCCACUGACCCCUUGAGCAUGGGUUUAUUUCAUGAACAUUAUUGAAAUAUUUCGAGCCACAGAGCUUGCAAUUCCUGAACUUUCCACUACUAGAACACAAUAGGUCUGAGUUUACUUUGGUGCUUGGAGCCCUAAAUAUAAUAACUGGCUGUGCUUCAUGGACACCGCUUAAGAGAACCACUGCUUAAAUGAAUCUAAAAUGAGUAGCACUGGGAAAUUGCUGCGGUGUAAGUGGAAUAAAACCCUGUAGUUGAAUAUUUUCUUAUAACUGCACACCCUGUUGUGUUUUGUUUAUUCCUUACAUACAGUGGUGCUUGAAAGUUUGUUCUAUAUAUCUGAAUUAUAUGACCAAAAACAGAUUUUCUCACAAGUCCUAAAAGUAGAUCAAGAGAUCUCAAUUAAACAAAUGAGACAACAAUAUUAUACUUGGUCAUUUAUUUAUUAAGGAAAAUGAUCCAAUAUGACAUAUCUGUGAGUGGCAAAAGUAUGUCAACCUCUAGGAUUUGCAGUUAAUUUGAAGGUGAAAUUAGAGUCAGGUGUUUUCCAUCAAUGGGAUGACGAUCAGGUGUGAGUGAGCACCCUGAUUUAUUUAAAGAACAGGGAUCGAUCAGAGUCUGAUCUUCACAACACUUGACUGUGGAAGUGUAUCAUGGCAUGAACAAAGGAGAUUUCUGAGGACUGCAGAAAAAAAGAGUUGUUGAAGCUCAUCAUGCUGGAAAAGGUUAGAAAACCAUCUCUAAAGAGUUUGGACUCCACCAAUCCACAGUCAGACAGAUUGUGUACAAUUGGAAUAAAUUCAAGGCUAUUGUUACCCUCCCCGGGAGUGAUCGACCAACUAAGAUCACUCCAAGAGAAAGAUGUGUAAUAGUCUGCGAGGUCAUAAAGGAACUCAGGGUAACUUCUAAGCAACUAAAUGCCUUUCUCACAUUGGAUUAAUGUUAAUGUUCAUGAGUCCACCAUCAGGAGAACACUGAACAACAUUGGUGUGCAUGGAAGGAUUGCAAGGAGAAAGUCACUGCUCUCCUAAAGAACAUUGCUGCCUGCCUGCAGUUUGCUAAAGAUCACAUGGACAAGUUAGAAAGCUAUUUAAAAAAUGUUUUGUGAACAGAUGAGAACAAAGUAGAAUUUUUGAUUAAAAUGAGAAGUGUAAUGUUUGGAAAAAGGAAAACACUGCAUUUCAGCAUAAGAACCUUACCCCAUCUGUGAAACAUGGUGGUGGUAGUCUCAUGGUUUGGGUCUGUUUUGCUGCACCUGUGACAGGACGGUUUGCCAUCAUUGAUGGAACAAUAAAUUCCGAAUUACACCGUUUUCUAAAGGAAAAUGUCAGGACAUUUGUCCGUGAACUGAAUCUCAAGGGAAAGUCAUGCAGCAAGACAACAACCCUAAACACACAAGUCGUUCUACCAAAGAACGGUUAAAUAAGAAUUAAGUUAAUGUUUUGGAAUGGCCAAGUCAAAGUCCUGACCUUAAUCCAAUAGAAAUGUUGUGGAAGGAUCUGAAGCAAGCAGUUCAUGUGAGGAAACCCACCAACAUCCCAGAGUUGAAGCUGUUCUGUACUGAGGAACGAGCUAAAAUUCCUCCAAGCCGAUGUGCAGGACUGAUCAACAGUUACCGCAAACGUUUAUCUGCAGUUAUUGCUGCACAAGCGGCUCACACCAGAUACUGAACCCAAAGGUUCACAUACUUUUUUUUUUUUUUUACACAGAUAUGUAACAUUGGAUCAUUUUGCUCAAUAAAUAAAUGACCAAGUAUAAUAUUUUUGUCUCAUUUGUUUAACUGGGUUCUCUUUAUCUACUUUUAGGACUUGUGUGACAGUCUAAUUAUGUUCGAGGUCAUAUUUAUGCAGCAAUAUACAGACUUCUAAAGGGUUCACAAACAUUCAAGCACCACUGUAUACGAUUACUGAUAUUGGCUUCAACCUGUUUAGAACAAGCCACAAAGCCAUAGCACCAAUUUCCAGGUUUUGGCGGCUGCAACGCUGUUUCAUUCACACUAUAAGCGGAUACUAGUGCGUCGUGCAAUCAGUAAAUUUAGAUGAAAACGAUGGAACGAAUGAAUAAGACAGCACUUACGGAUUACACGCUGAAGGUAGUACAGUGCUGAGGAUAUACACACACACUUCACAUGCUGAAAUGUUCUACAACAGAUAGCUGAUGUUCCCUCAGUAAUGUGCUUCGGUGGGUUUUCUCUAAGCGCUCGACUUUUUUUCUUAUUCAAGACAAUCACAUCUGGAUGCGACCUGAAAGCAUCCAUCUCAGGGACUUCACCUUUUGUUAUUUUCAAUAAGAAAGAGACUCCCUAUUUUAAAAAAAAAAAAAAAAGAAAAGAAAAAAAAAAGAAAAUGGACAUUUUCAAGAAAAAAAAAGAAUCUAUAAUCUUUAAGAUUUCUGAAAUACUGCCUGAAAUGAGACCUACCCAGACAAGGUUUUGGCAUGUGUGUGUGGGUGUGUGUGUGUGUGUGCAUACUGCUGACAGGUUAAAUACUCAAAAUUAUUAGGCCCUACUCGUGAAAGGCCCAGAAGCCUGUAAAUACUGAUAAAAAUGAUGAAAGCACUUGAAACAGAAAAGAGAGCUUGAAAAAAAGAAUGCUGUAAUUAUUAUUAUUAUUAUUAUGCUUUUCCUAUGAUCUCUAUGUAAGUUAGUUUAUUUAUAGAGUGUAUGAUUAUGAUGAAUAAGCUCCAGAUCCAUUUUGACGCUCAGUAAAUGAAGAAGGCGCUGAAGGUGUUUUUUUUUUUUUUUUUCACGGUUUAGGAGCAGUCACACUGUAAGAGAACUGUUUAACACUGUUUUAGGUAACUGUAGCAAUAACCGGACACUGACGUUCUGUCCCAUUUGCAUUGUAAGAUUAUUUUUAUUUUGUUAUUAUCCUGAUUUUGAUAUAUUAAGUCCUAGCCUGUUGUUCGGAUAUCCUUGCAUGCUGUUUCAUGGCAAUGGAACGGGGGGAAGAAGAAGAAGAAGAAGAAAACGGUUGGGCUUUUGUGUUUGAUAGCGUGAUACUGUCGGGGUCAGGGGUCAGGGGUUGGGGUGGGGUGUUGUUGUGGAUGUUAUAUAAUACGAUUGAAUACAUAUUACCCUGUUCAGUCUACUGUCACACACAUAUAUAUGCAUUUUCAUCUGAACUGAAGAACCUAACAGGCACUGAAAUAGUUUUAUGAAGGACUUAAAAGCCUCAAACAAGGCAGUUUUGUUUUUUCUGUAUCGAUAAUUCUAUAUACUUUAACAACUAAAAUGAAGCGUAGUGUACUACAGGAACCAAAAGUCAUAAGCGUGCUACUAAGAACUGUUUCUAUUUUAUCAUACUUAAGCCAUCAAAAUCAGGCUGUCUGAAUAUUCAUUAUAGCCGCCGUUUUUCUUAUUAAUAUCGAGUCAAUAUCAGAUGUUCAUUUUUAUUAUUUUCAAUGCGUUUGUCCCUGUUUCUGUGUUAAAACUGCUGAGAAUCUUUACUAACGUAAUUUUUACAGAAAUGUAUACUGCGGCGUUGUUGAGGUCUCGAGUAGCUGUGACAGUAUUCCCGGCUGCACACGGACUUGAUCGGUGUUUAUGGAAGGAGUCUCCAGUUUUAGUGCUUUGUAUAAGUCAGAGUUAAAGCUGCAUUUUUUAAAAUAAUAUUAUUCAGUUCGAGCAAGAGAAAGAGAAAGAGAGUCUGCUAUAACAUAUAACUGGAUCUAGAAAGUUCCACAACAUUACACAUAACUUGGUCUCUGUAGCACGUUAAUCUGAUUACUAACCGACCAAUGACUGCGUAUUCGGAUGGACCAGAAUUGAUAACAUAACAUCACAUUAUUUUCUCAUUUGAACUCAUGUUAUUUGUUGAGAUGACGCCAGCUAACAUUGCACUAAUUUGAAUUGCGUGACAUGCUAAACUAGCUAAAUCUUCAAGUUUAAAUAAUGUACUCUUGAAUAACAGUUUGUUUAUUUAAUAACGUAUUUGAAAUAUAAACAGUUCUUGGACAUGGACUUUUGGAAAGUACUCGGAAUUGUUUCAGCACAAAUCAAAGUAACUGUGGUGUUUUUUUUGUUUUUUGUUGUUGUUGUUUUUUUACUGUUGUAAUCACCUUUCAAUGAGAUAUUUGCCCAUAACAACUUUUUUUUUCUGUCGCUGCACACUACAGAUGCCCCAACAUGAAGAAACAUGUUACACGUUCAUAUAUAUGUUUGUACACCCCUGGACGUGCAACACCCUGCAUCAGAAAACAUCUCUUUUGUGUUUGUUUUAAAAUCAGUGAUCAAUUUAUGAAUUAGAAAGUGCUGCUCAUUUGGAUUUUUUUUUUCUUCUCUUGACGUGCCAUAGCUGGGGUGCAAUGAAGCUAAAUGGCGCUUAAGGAGUAAAUAUAAAGAAUGCAUCAUUUACUUGGGGACCAAUCAAAGCGGGGAAUUCAAAACACGACAAACGGUUUGUCAUUUCGAAUGACGCAGCCUUGGUGACACAAGGCUGCAAAGACACAGGGACGGGUGAGGGCAGGAAGAACAGGGUAACUUGCCAAGUGUGUGUGUGUGUGUGUGUGUGUGUUGUGUAUGUAUGAAAAUAAGAAGUGUGAAGCAUUUGAGUGCAAAAGGACCGAUUGUGUGAAUGUGUGUGUUUUAUGGGGUUUAACCACAGCUUUGUGGAAUAAAAUGUGUGCAAAUGUAAUCGAGCUCUUGAAUUGUCUCCUCCGAGUUGUACAUAGCAGGCAAAAGGACUUUUGUUAAAGGAUAUUUUAUCGCUUUUGUAGACAUUUCUUUGUGGGGGAAAAGAAUUAAAGACAAUUUUAUGGACACAACCUCUGGCUCGUUUUUAUUUAAGCUUAAACCAUGAACGUUGUUGGUACUUCCUUGUGAUUUGUAUUCACACCAUUAAGGGUAUACACACUUACUGGCCACUUUAAUAGGAACACCGCGUCUGCUCAUGCAUGCACUUAUCCGAUCAGCCAAUCAUGUAGCAGCAUGGCAAUACAUGCAGAUACAGAGCAUCGG